GGCUCUGCUGGGAUCCCGAAUUUCGGGUGACUCUGUUCUUCCCUUCGUCCCUUUAUAAGGAUAACCAGCCGUUAGGCUGGGCUGAAGUUGUUCAGGUGAACGAAGUACAUUCUGGGUGUGUUGAAGGUUUUGAGUGCCGCUGCUAAUGCAAGCCAGAUGGCAUUUCCAGCAUCCUUGAAAGAUCAUCAAUGAACAUAUUGAGAGGGGUAUGCACAUCGCUGUGUGAAAAGUUGCAUUAUUUUUGGUUGGUUCGAAGCGCAGGGGAUGACGGGGUCUCCUCACGCCAGGCCAAAGGAAGUCCUACCGCAUUUCGCUGGUGUGCAGGAUGGCAAGCGGCCCAUGAAUGAGCAGAAGCGCUUCUGCCACUACCACAUCUCGGGUGGAAAGAUGCGACACUGCAACUUCACCGAGCGAGGCUAUCAUCCACGGCAAGAUUUGCGCGCCCGCAUUGUCGCACGUGCCAUGAUGGUGCUUCAUGUCCGUGGCGAGCUGCCGGACGAGGUGAACUUUGUCCUCUCACAUUCAGACAUUGAGUGGCAUGACUUGAAGCUGCCGGUUCUGACCUUUCAAAGGGGCAAGGCCACACGGCGUGUGAUCCGGGUGCCCAUGUGGGAACAGCUUGAUGGUUCUUGGAGCCGGAAGGUGGAACAGCUGGUCUUGAGCAAUGACGGUGCGAGGACCUACGACGGCAAGCGUGGGCAGCGGGUUUUUUGGAGAGGCACUGACAGUGCGGUGCCAGCACAGGACUGUGAUCCUCAAGUGCAUGUGGCCUGCCAUGUGGACAACUCCACUCUUCGCUACUUCUCACGUCUCAAGGUCUCGCGGAUGUCGCGACAGCUCCCUCGACGGAUCGACGCCAGCCUUUCAGGCGUAAAGCAGCGCGCAGUGGCCAUCGGCUUGGACGCAGUGUACCGAAGGCUUGGUGUGCUGGAUGAAAGCCCUCGAGAGGUAAGCAUUGAGGAGCAACUUCAACAGCGCUUCCUGUUGGAUAUGGAUGGAAGUAGCCAGUCGACUCGGCUGUAUUGGGCCCUUCUUUCCAACUCUGUUGUCUUCAAGCAGGACACAAAAGCCUGCAAUUGGUACUCUGAUCGGUGUCCGCACCUGCUGAUCCGACUGAGGCUACGACACCUGGUUCACGUGGUGCGCGUGCGCCGGGACCUGUCCGAUCUCCCGCGCCAGGUGCGCCAUAUGCUGUUGCGCCCCAGCCUUGCGCGGAGCGUGGCGCGGCGCGGGGCGCAGUUGGCACGCUUGUGGCUGAGCCAUGAGGAUGCCAUGCACUACCUGGCACGGGUCUUGGCUGCGGUGGCCGAUGCCCAACGCGGGCCCAGUGCGAGAUCAAAAGAGAUCUACUUUGUUUGGAGCGAAUCCGAAGAGCUCAUGCUGGAGUUUGCGCAGUCCGUGCCAUAUUUUGCCCACUUGCCACGUGAAGAGGCGCUCCGCCACCGAGCCUUGCGAUGGAAUCCCUUGUGGUGGUUGAGUAUCUUGGGCUGCGCCGCAUGCAUUCUACUUGGUCACGGUUUCCACACAGCCUGCUGCCAGGGCGGGCAAGUGAGAUCGGAUGAGCUGGAGGUCGAACGGCGGGCCAGAAUCUGGUGGGUCUAUUGCUACUCCGGGGGCUUUGUGGGCACCGUCCUGACCGACCUCAUUGCUUUGGUGUCUGCUGUGGUCACAGAGACCGAUCCUGAGGAGAGGAACAGGACGGUACGGUCUUGUGAAGUGGCUAUUUUGAUUCAGAUCUGGUACAUGGUGGGCGAUUGGAAUUUGCUUUACCGGAUGAGUCGCAAAGACACCGUCUUGAUGCAUGCCGCUGCCAUCAGCCGCGUGACCUUUGGCGCGGCCUUCCUGGUUGCGUUUGUGAUUGGACUCCUCACCCCUGCGGGCGAAGCCAUCUUGGAACACUGGUUUUGGGGCCGCGCACCGCCGCCACCCCCCGGAACACCAAAGCCACCACCGCCUCCGCAGGAGACUGCCAUUACAUGGAUCAUCCGCUUGGUCUUCUGUGCCUUCAUGGUGAUUGCAUAUUUGGGCUAUACGCCCUUACUGCGCUUGGACUAUCAGUCCCCGGAUCUCGAGGUCCAAGACGCACAAAACAGAGGCAUCUGGAAAUUAAAGGUCGCCCUUGUGGCAGGGGUCUUGGUGCUGGCAGCCGAAGGCCUGCGGCCUUCAAGCGCACGCGCGGCCUCUUGGACCUCCCUGACGGAGGCACUGAGAAGAUGGGCUCCCCCGACAUUUGCGACCAGAAGCUUUACAGAUCAGGUUACCCUUGUCAAGGACACAGAUGGUGAUGGUGCACCGUCUGCAGAUGAUGCAACGCCUACACCAUUCAGGCCGCAUCCGAUGAGUUUGAGGUUUGCCUACACCACGAAGCCCUUCUUCCCCAUAUACACCAGAAAUCUGCGAGAUUUGUGGAAGAGGAAGAAAGGCAAGAAGUUGGGCAAAGGUAUGCAGGGCGAUCGUGGUCUUUACUGGCGAUCGAAGCGGCAGAAGGGCAAGCAGGCGCGCACCUGGGAGCGAGGGAACUUCCCACUCUUCAAGCGCCUUCCCAGAUGGCCAGAGGCCCACAUGCGCGGAAAGAGGGACUACCUUGAUCCACUCAACUUGUCCAAGCUGCGCUACUUCAUCCAGAAGGGUCGCCUGGACACCCGCUUUCCCAUCACGCAACGCCACCUGCAGGAAUCCAGGUGUGUGAAGAGAGUCAAGAAAGGUGUGAAGCUGUUCAACGUGAACGAUUUUCCCUUCCCUUACAAGAUCGACAUUGAGGUUGCGUCCGCCGACCAAAGCUCAAUUGAUGCUAUCAAAGCAGUCGGUGGAACGGUGACCGUGGUCUACAUGGAGAGAGUUGCUUUGCGUGCGCAUAUCAAGCCGUGGAAGUAUGAGGUCUUGCCAAGAACCGCACGACCCGGCUUGAAGAUGACCACCUACAUGGAGAAGAUGAAGGCUCGUGGCGCCAUCGUCAGGUACAUCAAGCCGCUUUGGCUGAUUGAAGAAGAAAAACGUCUUCAAACUCAACUGCGCGAGUUGAGGGGCGAGGAUGGAGCAGCAGUGGCCAGACGGUUGGUGGAAUCCGGUGAGUCUGUGAAGAAGACCACGCUGGGAUGA